AUUUGAAAAAGUUUUUCUUUUCUUAAUGUGGCCACAAGACCCGGCCUCAGUGUCCACGGAAGUUUCAGAAAAUCCUCGUCCUCGGGGAACCCCUGAAUGCAUCAUUACCCGGGGAAAUCAAACAAGUCUCGCAGUUCUCUGUGUUCGGUAACCUCCGUGGACAUGUGAUCAUGGGCAGCCAAAGUGACUGCACCAGUGACCCAGAUGAGGAGCUGCCUGUGUUUGACUUCCUCCAGCCAGCCUCCCACAGACGUGCAGAGAAACCAGACUUGGUCGACUUUGAUGGUUCUGAUGCUGCAGCAGCAGCUGUCUCCUCCCCAGGGAGGGGGAGUGGUGGCGUGUGCAUGGGAAUGGCUAAUGUAAUGAUAAUCAGCAGCAGUUCCGAUGAUGAUGAUGCACCUUAUGUUCCUUUGGCACAAAGAAUCAAGGCAAGGCGAGACAAUGUGAUUAGCGCCUCCACCAUCGUGACUAACGAGAACGAUGCUGAGCACUGUUUGCCGCUCUGUCUGACCAGCUCACAGUUUUCUGGCCAGAAUGGCUUUUCAGAGUCAGAGUGCCCGCUCGGCUCACAUCAGGUGAGAAAAAUGAGCUGUGGACAGGAGCUUCCUCUGAACGGAGCAAGGAACACAGACACUUCUCCUUCCAAGAGGAAACUUGGCAAGCGAACGGUUGAGGAGAUCCAGGCCUCCAGGGAAGUGGCUCUGAGUAAGAGGGAGGCUAAGAAGAGACAGCAGCCAGACAAGGAUGUGCUCAGGGAGGGACGAGAGAGACAGAAAAUGGAGAGGAAAGCUCUGGCAGAGGCAGCUAGGGCCCUGAGGCCAGAGGAAUGUAUCAAGCAUAUGGUGGUGGUGGUGGAUCCAGCUCUCCUACAGCUGGAAGGAGGCGGCACUUUGCUGGCCUCGUUACAGGCUCUGGGUUGUAGCUGCGCCAUCAAGAAACAAUCCCUCCCACGCAGUGUGAGCUGGAUGAGAAGAGCUCCCUGUGCGCAGGGAGAUGAAGGAGCAUCUGUACCAGAGGCCAGUGUUGUGAUACAGAUGACAGUGGAGGACUUCAUUACUUUGAUCCACAACUAUGUUCAGAAUGAGAGGCAUGGCAGAUCAGACUGUGGGUCCACAUUGACAUCCUGGGUCCAGGAGCAGCAGAGGCGUCACCUUGGCAAGACCCUUAGCCUAGCAAUUAUUGAGCUUGAGAAAUACUUCAGAUCACAGAAAUCACAAAAACAGAAGCAUUUUCGAGAGGCUGUUGCAGGGGAGGAGACGGGGGGAAGUAAAGCCAAGAGGAGAAAGAAGAAUGGUGGAGCUUGUGUACUGCCUGAGGUGUCGCGAGUUGACGUAGAGGAGGCAAUGGUGCAUCUCCAGCUUCACACUGGUGUCUCAGUCUGCUUCUUUUGUACCUGGAGGGACUUCUCGGAUCACAUCACCAUGACAACCAAAGCAGUUGCAGAGGCCCCUUUCAAGAGAGAGAGGGAAAAGACUGGCUUUUCCUUCUACCUAGAGAGUGAGUGGGCAGGGGGCCAGCGGGUGGAUAGAGGUGGUAAGGGCCUGCUGCAGGUGUGGAAGAGACAGAUCCAGCAGUUCAACAGAGUGAGCCCAGACAUGGCUGCUGCCAUCUUGGCAGCUUAUCCCUCUCCACAGCUGCUCAAGAAGGCUUACAACCUGUGCAGGACGAAACAAGAGAAGAUCUCUUUGCUCUCUGACCUACUGAUCCGGAGAGGAGAAGGUGUCACUUCCACCACCCGUAGGAUUGGUCCGGAGCUCUCCAGACGCAUCUUCCUGACAAUGAGCUCCUGUGAUCCAGAACUGAGUCUAGACUCUAAUCUCUGAAAUUUGAAUUUGAUUUUGUGGCCCACCUGCUUUGAUUUGGCAGUUUGUGGUCAUAUCUUUGAAUUUAAUGCUAUGUAAUUAAAGUUCAGAUUUUUAAAACUUUUAUUUAUGUAUUGAAGUUUUAUUCAAAUAACAGUUUUGAAGACCACUAUAAGAUAUGCACAUCAACCAUACUAAAUUGAUUCUGGGGGAAAUUGUGUUACAGCUCACUUUAAGCGUUAGUGAGGUGACUGAUUUUAAUCUUUGGCACUGUUUUAUUUACACAUGUAUUCCCUCCCUGCUUCAUAGCAUUGAAAGACACCUUCAGUUGUGAUAACUUUGAGUUAUUUGAAACACAUGUUGAAAUACCCGUCAUCUCACUUCAAAGACCAAACCUGCCAUAUCAGUCUAAAUCAUGUUUCACAAAAAUGUAAGAAACAUUAAAUAUAUUAUUGUGAAAUUAGAACAGUCACAGUUUAUCAUCUCAUCCACAUCUGUUUCCAAUCACUGGACCUUAAGCCUCACCCACCGUGCUCAGGUGGCACGCCCCAACACAAUGAUAUUGACCAAUCAGCUGAAAGGAAAAAAAUUCUGGUCAAAAUUCGUAUUUGCAAGUUGAAACUCACAAGCGAGGGAACUUGAGCGCAGAGUUUUACGCUUUGUAUCUGUGAACAGACCUUAACAAAAAAAAUGUGUAACUUGUGUAAUUUUUUCCAUUUUCAAACACAAAUCUUUUUUUAGACAUACACAAAUUCUUAUCUAUAUACAAAAAUUGUAGAUCUUGACAAAAUGCACAAAGACACAAUUUUCAGAUAUUUUUGUUUACAAGGUUACAAAACUCAGUUCACAACUACACAGUCUGAUUUACAAGUACAAAAUAUGACCACAAUUUGAGCCCAUUACAUGUGAAUAAUGUAGAAGUUUGUGGAAAAUUGUAGCUGACUAAAUGUCACUAGUAGGGCAUAGCUUUCAGUCUUUGAAGCUUCAAAAGCUCUUUUGUUACAAUGAGAAAGAUGUAUUACUCUACCCAAUGCUUCAGCUGCCCAUCUGUAGUCCAAGUGGAUUUGAGGUGUCGCAAACACCUGUCUUCCCCUUUGUCUUCUCCAGGAAUUUUGGGCAUGAGAAUCAGAACAGUAUUUAAGGGUUCUGAGAGAGACCAAUGAAUAAGUUGGGUGGGGGUAUGUGGUAGCACUCGACUUAAGCGGUCAAAGAAGUGCAGGAGACCGAUGCUGUCCAGUGUAGCAAGUGAUUUAUUCACCAUUUUGUGGCCCAAACAAUAUUUACAAAGAAAC